AUGAAUGUUUGCAGUCUUUGUAGUACAGUAGCGGAUCAUAACAAGCAUUGUGAUAAUCCUUGUAUAAUGAAAAACUACUUUGUUACACGUACAUUUGAGUUGAUGGUGAAUCAUUAUGGAUAUGACUUGGUGAAAGAAGUAGUACUAAGAAAUCAUGAAAUUAACUCAACGGAUUUGAAGGUGUGGAUAUCUACGGAAAUAGUAGAUAUUAAACGAAUGAAUGAAUUUUCCAGUGUGAUUUUCGCAAAUUCAAAUCUGGAUUCCGAUCCGGAUGUACCUCCGAAUAUGGUUGAUAGAGCUCAUCGGGCUGGAAAAGCUCGGAGAAAAGGAGCUAGUUUUUCGGCGAAUCCUGUUCAAGGAGGAGUUUCAAAGGCUCCGGCAGCUGAUACUGCAGAAGAAGCUGGUGAUGAAGAAGCAGCUGCUGCUGAUGAUACUGAUCCACCUCCUCAACCAGCAGCUCAAUUGUCUACUCAAGCUCGUAAUACUGUUAUAGCAGGUUCUGCUGUAAAAGAAGCUAUUGUAGAAGAAGCUGAUGAAGCUCCUGAAGAAGAAGCUGAUGAAGAAGCUGAUGCUGCUGAUGAUACUGAUCCACAUCCACCACCACCUCCUCCACCAGCAGCUCAAUUGUCUGCUCAAGCUCGUAAUACUUUUACAGCAGGUUUUGCUGUAGAAGAAACUAUUGUAGAAGAAGUUGAUGAAGCUGCUGAUGAAGAAGCAGCUGCUGUUGAUUAUACUGAUCUACGUCCACCACCACCUCCUCCGCCGGCAGCUCAAUUGUCUGCUCAAGCUCCUAAAGUUGUUACAACUCAAUUGUCUGCUCAAGCUCGUAAUACUGUUACAGCAGCUGUAGAAAAAGCUAUUGUAGAAGAAGUUGAUGAAGCUGCUGCUGAUGAUGAUACUGAUCCACGUCCACCGCCACCUCCUCCACCAGCAGCUCAAUUGUCUGCUCAAGCUCCUAAUGCUGUUACAACUCUUGAAAACAAUUAUUGUAAUGAACCUAACAAUGCAGGUUUUGCUGUAGAAGAAGCUAUUCUAGAAAAAGCUGAUGAAGCUGCUGAUGAAGAAGUUGAUGAAGAAGCUGCUGAUGAUGAUGAUACUGAUCCACGUCCACCACCACCUCCUCCACCAGCAGCUCAAUUGUCUGCUCAAGCUCCUAAUGUUGUUACAGCUCAAUUGUCUGCUCAAGCUCGUAAUACUGUUACAGCAGGUUCUGCUGUAGAAGAAGCUAUUGUAGAAGAGGCUGAUGAAGGUGCUGAUGAAGAAGUUGCUGCUGAUGAUGAUACUGAUCCACGUCCACCACCACCUCCUCCACCAGCAGCUCAAUUGUCUGCUCAAGCUCCUAAUGUUGUUACAGCUCAAUUGUCUGCUCAAGCUCGUAAUACUGUUACAGCAGGUUCUGCUGUAGAAGAAGCUAUUGUAGAAGAAGCUGCUGAAGCUGCUGAUGAAGAAGCUGCUGAUGGUGGUAAUACUGAUCCACGUCCACCACCGCCUCCUCCACCAGCAGCUCAAUUGUCUGCUCAAGCUCCUAAUGCUAUUAACACUCUAUUGUCUGCUCAAGCUCGUAAUACUGUUACAGCAGGUUUUGUUGUAGAAGAAGCUAUUGUAGAAGAAGCUUAUGAAGCUGCUGCUGAAGAAGCUGAUGAUGAUGAUAAUACUGAUCCACAUCCACCACCAAUUGAAAACAAUUAUUGUAAUGAACCUAACAAUGCAGGUUCUGCUAUAGAAGAAGCUAUUGUAGAAGAAGCCGAGGAAGCUUCUGAUGAAGAAGCUGAUGAUGUUGAUAAUACUGAUCCACGUCCACCACCACCUCCUCCACCAGCAGCUCAAUUGUCUGCUCAAGCUCCUAAUGCUGUUACAGCUCAAUUGUCUGCUCAAGCUCUUAAUACUGUUACAGCAGAAGAAGCUGUUGUAGAAGAAGUUGUUAAUGAUUUUACUGCUGAUGAUGAUCCACGUCCACCACCUCCACCACCUGCUCUAGCUCAAUCUCCUGGGUCAUCUGCUCAAGCUCCGGCGGUUGAAGGUACAUGA